GAGGGGACGGAAGCAGCUCAGGGUCCCGAGCGGCUGGAGCCCGGCCGGGGCGAGAUGUGGAGCGCGGGCUGCGGGAAGGCUGCCGGACCGGCGCUUCUGGGACUGCUGCUGGUACUCUUGGUGCCUGACGGUGACACUUCCAAAACCAGCGAGGGGCUAGUGACCUGCGGGUCUGUGCUGAAGCUGCUCAACACGCACCACAGGGUGCGACUGCACUCACACGACAUUAAAUACGGAUCUGGUAGCGGCCAACAGUCCGUGACCGGUGUGGAGGCAUCGGACGACGCCAAUAGCUACUGGAGGAUCCGUGGCGGCUCGGAGGGCGGGUGCCCGCGCGGGAUCCCGGUACGCUGCGGCCAGGCUGUGCGACUCACGCACGUGCUCACCGGCAAGAACCUGCAUACUCACCACUUCUUGUCGCCACUGUCUAAUAACCAGGAGGUGAGUGCCUUUGGGGAAGACGGUGAGGGUGACGACCUGGACCUGUGGACAGUGCGCUGCUCCGGGCAGCACUGGGAGCGGGAGGCUGCUGUGCGCUUCCAGCACGUUGGCACCUCUGUGUUCCUGUCGGUCACUGGUGAGCAGUAUGGGAGUCCCAUCCGUGGGCAACAUGAGGUGCAUGGCAUGCCCAGUGCCAACACACACAAUACAUGGAAGGCCAUGGAAGGCAUCUUCAUCAAGCCUAGUGUGGAGCCCUCUGCAGGUCAUGAUGAACUCUGAGCCAUGGAUGGAUGAAUGGAGGGUGGCAGGGUGGGGCAAUUGCACAGCCACUCUCAGUAGAGACUGGGUUUGUAGGGGUCCUCAAGUGCCUUUGUGAUUAAAGAAUGUUGGUCUGUCAUUGUGUUUGUUGUGAG